CAAGCUCUCGCUAAGUCGCUUUGCUGAGGCUGGCCUCGAACUUCCAAUUCUCCCGCCUCGGCCUCGCGAGCCGCCGGGCCUGCAGUGGUGCGCGCCGCGCCCAGCCCCCGCAGGCUUGUGACGGCGUCUCCAGAGCCAGACGUUUUGCAGCAGGUGUGACUCUCUGAACCUACGCCCAGCCUCUACUACUACAGAUCUAAGGGAGCAUGAGCCACUUGCAGAACUUAUUGUUAGAUAGUCUCCUGGGAACGAAGCAUGUGGACAGCGCAGCCCUCAUCAAACUACAUGAGCGGAGCGUGUGUGUCGCAUCGCCAGGAUUUAGUCUAAUGCCGAGUGAUGUCCGAACACUUGUGAAUGGAUUUGCCAAAAACCCUUUGCAAACCCGCAGAGAAGGGUUGUAUUUCAAGGAGAAGGAUUAUAAAUGUGUCCGGGCAGAUGACUAUUCUCUUUAUGCUAAGAAUGACAACAGAGGUGUGAUUGUUGUGAAGACCCAUCUGUUUCUUCUGGUGGCCACUUAUAUUGAGGGAAUGUAUCCAAGUGUCUGUGUAGAAGCCACAGAGAAACUGGGAGACUAUCUAAGAAAAAAAGGAUAUUAAGUCAUAAGAGGACUAUAAAAGACAACUUUUUCAUUUUAGAAGAAAACUAUAGAUCCCAAAGAAACAAUGUCUUAUUUUGUGGUUGGAAAACACAAGGCAGAAGAUACCCAAAAAGAAGACUGAGUUAAGGGGGCAAUUUUUCUUAUUUCAAUAGAUUAUCUUUGGAAUUACUUGAUUAACUUCUUUUUCUUUAUUGUUAGUUUUGUUUUUGUCUUGGCCAUUGGCAUGGAGUGUGAGAGCACUGAGAAAACUGUUGGGAGUUUUCUCUCUAUGAGGCUCUUGUACUCCUAACACCAGAUAGACCAAGAAUGCGAGGCCCUAACCACUCUUUAUCUAGAUGACUACUCAGAAUGAUACUGCAGCAAGCAACCUUAAAAAAUGAUAUGUUUCCCUUCAAGGUAAAGAACAAACUUGGUCAUUGCUUGCUAUAAAAUAAGUAGAGUCCCUGAGCUCAACAUUCCUCUCCUAUAAUGUAGUUCACUGCAUUUAUGACAUCCCUUUGGUCUACAUCACCAGUGUGGGAUCUAGAAGUAAGGGGGAACUUAAUGCCACCCAGCAAUGGGCCACUAGUCAAAGUGUUAGAUGAACAUUCCAUAUUCCAUCUGAAAACAUUUGGUAUUAUUGAAUAUUGUACUGGUCUUCUCAAAAAAUCAGGGAUUUCUGACUCUACUUCCCUCACUGCAUCCUAGUCCACACUACUUAAUAAGAAAAAAUGGUCACUGAAUGCAGCCUUUCCAAGAAAGGAUUCAUCUUCUUCUUUGUCAGUUCCUGGAUAAUGAUCAAAAUGAUAAGUUAGAGGCUAGGGUUAUAGCUGAGUGGUAGAGCACUUGCCUCGCACAUGUGCGAGGCACUGGGUUUGAUCCUCAGCACCACAUAAAAAUAAAAUAAAGAUAUUGUGUCCAUCUUUAAAAAAAAAACUUUUAAAAAUGAUAUUUAAAGAGUCAUAGAACCAUUUUGAAAAUUUUGGAUUUACCCUGACCAUUCCUGGACAUGAUAUAUCUUUGUUUCCCCAAAAGGCAACCCCAGGACAGUCUGGUUAGUAUACUAGUAUAACUAGACUAUUAGUAUACUCUUCAGAUGUUCCCUAGGGAGGGUAUGACUUAGACCACUGGCCAAGGCAGAAGAGACCUAGGGAAUUCAAACAUUUUUUUUUUUUUUACUUAUCAAUGGACCUUUAUUUUAUUUAUAUAUGCAGUGUUGAGAAUCGAACACAUGCUAGGCAAACGCUCUGCCAUAGAGCCACAACCCCAGCCCCCAAACUUAAUUCUUGAUUAGCCAGCAUGGACUGGCAUGAUUCUACAUCAUAAGGGUAAUGACUAUCUAAAGAGCACGCUGCUUUCCAGGUCCCUCUAACUGUAUAAUACAUGGGCCAAGUGGGGAUAUAAUGGGUCCCUAAAUUUUGUAAAGCUACCCCUGACCCUCUCGUGUCUGACCCUUCCAAAUAAAAUGUCUGGGUGCAAGUAGGGCAUGAUUGGAGAAAAAUGUAGUUAUAGCAACUGGGAUGGGAUAUACCAAUUAUAUAGCCAUGGAGGCCCUGGUACCUGGAAAGAGUACAUCUUAGACCUCCCAAGAUAGGGAAAUGCAGAAACGCCUUAAUCCUUUUUUUUUUUUUUUCUUCUAGUGCUGAAGGUCAAACUCAGGGUCUCAUGCAUGCUAGGCAAAUGCUAUACCACAGAACUAUAUUUUCAUUCCCUCCUUAAUACUCUUUUUGUCCCCUCAACUUGGUAAAAUAGUUAUAUGGUCUACCUUACUAACCUUGGUAAAUAGAUUGAAAUGAAAUCUUAGACCCUUUGCAGUUCUUUACACCAACAGGCAGCAAAGUGCAAUAUUCCAAAUUCCAAAGACAGUGUGCUGGGGAAAAUCGUGUUUUUUAGUGUUUAUAAAAUUCUCUCAUUUUCAGGUUGUGUAACAGUUGUAACAGUCUUUCAAAGAACUUAUUUCCAGCAUCAUUCCUUUUCUGAGUGUGGGUGUUAAGAGCCAGAGAUUUUUUUUUCUUGGUCAGCCUUACUACUAGUCCAAUUCGUUUGUUAAUUCAGUUGCAUGAUUCUUAUUUUGGAUGAAAGCUUACAAUGUAAGGAUUAUAGGGUGCCAAAAGAAAGGAAAAUUCCAAAUAUUUUAAAAUGUAAAAUCCUCUUCAUUCUCUAUUGUUCAAAAAUGCAUCAUAUGGCUGGGCAUGGUGGUGCUCUCUUAUAAUCCCAGUGACUCAAGAGGCCCAGGCAGGAGAAUUGCAAGUUCAAGGCUAUUCUCAGAAACUUAGCAAGACUGUGUCUAAAAAACAGAAAGAAGGAAAAAGGAAAAAGAAGGACUGGAAAUGUAGCUCAGUGGUAAAGUGGCCCUGGAUUCAAUCACCAGUACUGAAAAAAAAGCAUCAUAAGUGAAAGAGAAUCCUAUGAGAUUCUUAUAACAAAAAGGACAGUCCUUUUCCAAUAAGAAUGUCAACAGAUUUUUUUUUUCUUUUCUUUUUUUGGUACUGGGAAUUAAACUCAGGGGCACUCAACCACUGAGCCACAUCCCCAGGCCUGUUUUGUAUUUUAUUUAGAGACAGGGUCUCACUGAGUUGCUUAGGGCCUCAUUAAGUUGCUGAGGCUGGCUUUGAACUCGCAGCCCUCCUGCCUCAGCCUCCUGAGCCACUGGAAUUACAGGUGUGCACCACAGAUGUUUUUUAUAAAUGAUGUAUGUCUGCAGCUCCAAGAUAUUAGUGAAAAUAUAUUUAAAGCAUGUGAUAAGAUAAACAGAUAUGAUCAAUAAAAUAGCAAAAAAUAUAUUGGAAUUAACAUUUUUACUUUUUGAAUCCUCCUGAGUAUGUAAGUUUAAACAAGGUGCACUAAAUGGAAAAAAAAAGAUAUAAUUAAUAAUCAUGAUAAGUCUUCAAAAAGCUUUAUUGGUAUAAUUCCAGAAACUGAGAACUUGAAUGACACUUUUGACUGAGUAACAAAUCCUUUACAUACUGGGUGGUUUCCAAGUCUUUGCCUUUAACUAAAUUGGAGCAAGACCUAAUUAAGCUGUCAGCUAAUAGAUCAUUGAAAAUAAUUUUUGAUAGAUCAUUAUAUAGUUUUUAUCAUAUAACUCAGAUAUUCAAAGAAGUAGCUGGCAUUUCUAUAAUGGAAUUUCUUAUCUGAUUUAUGCAAACUAGGUUUCUCAGAGCUUGCCUACUCAAAUGAAAUAUUGGAAGAGAAUUAAUGUUGAACUCAGUCCCAUUGUAGCAAUAACUAUUUGCUAUAGUCAUAACUAUAUAACUAUAGAUAUGACUAUCUGUUUACUUUCUAUGUUUAAUAAUUACUAAUAUUUAAAGUAAUACAUGUUUUCAUAAAUUGUAGACUAAUAUUGUAAUGAUAAAUAAAUACAGAAGAAAUUUAACUUUUAGAAUCUGCUGGUUAUAGGAAAUAAUUUUUUAAAAUUAGUUUCAGUUUAUAUACAUAUUUUUGUUGAAGAUAAGAAUGAUGGGGGGCCCUGGGGAUGUGGCUCAAGAGGUAGCGCGCUCGCCUGGCAUGCGUGCGGCCUGGGUUUGAUCCUCAGCACCACAUACAAACAAAGAUGUUGUGUCCUCCAAAAACUAAAAAAUAAAUAUAUAAAUAUUAAAAUUCUCUCUCUCUCUCUCCCUUUAAAAAAAAAAUAAGAAAAAAACUUAAAAAAAAAAAAAGAUCAGGGGGCUGGGGUUGUGGCUCAGUUGUAUAACACUUGCCUAGCACAUGUGAGGCACUGGGUUUUAUACUCAGUACCACAUAAAAAUAAAUAAAUAAAAUAAAGGUACUGUGUCCAGCUACUACUAAAAAAAAGAAUGAUCAGUAGGCCAGGUACAAUGGCACAUACCUUUAAUCCUAGUUGUUUGGGAGCCGGAGGCAGGAGGAUUGUGAGUUCAAAACCAGCCUUCACAACUUAGUGUGAGGCCUUUUAAGCAACUCAGCAAGACCCUGUCUCUAAAUGAAAUAUUUUUUUAAAAGAGGGGCUGGGGAUGUGGUUCAGUGCUUGAGUGCCCCUGGAUUCAAUUCCUGGUACCAAAUAAAUAAAUAAAAGAUUGACCAGUAAAAGCUUGGCAUGGUGGAACAUGCCUGCCAUCCUAGCUUCUUAGGAGGCUGAGGCACAAGGAUUGCUUGAACCUACAAGUUUAAGAUCAGCCCAGGCAAUAUAUCAAUAUCUUGGCUUAAAAAAAAAAGCAAAAUGUAGCAGGAUAUAAUUCUAUGAGAAAACCAGAAUAAAAAUAUGGGUACUACAAGAAAAAUAAAAUUAUAAAACUACCAACUGCUAAAGAAGAGCCUCUUUGAGUCUUUAGUGAAGUCUUGCAAAUCAAAUUGCUCUGAAAUCAGAUUCCAUUUUAUACAUUUAAAAGUGUGAAAUAAAAAGAAAAAUGAAAUUAUGUCAUUUGAAGGAAAAUGGGUGAACCUAGAGACCAUUAUGUUAAACAAGUCAAACUCAGAAGGUUAAGGGUCCUGUGUUUUC